AUGCGUUGGUUACUUUUUAGCUACGAAUCAGAUGCCAUUGUAAAACAAAUUGAUGAUUUAUUACAAGUUGUUGGACAAACUGUAAUUCAUGAACAUCAUCAAGGAAAAUCAACAAUACAAGAAAUUCAAGAACAAAUUAAUCAUCAUAAACCAAAUCGUAUUAUUGUUAUUGUUAAUGAACAAAAUUCAGAAAAUACUCAUUCUCUUACAACAACACUUACAGAUCAUCUUCUAAUACCUCUCUUUAUAACUCAAGCAACAAUCAAUACAUUUCCUCCAGUUCCAGUACUUUUAUUAACAUUUACAACAGAAAAUAAACUUACCGAGCCUAAUUCAUCAAUUAAUAUUGUUCAAAAUGCAACCGAUGAAUUAAUUAAACUUUAUUCACAUAUUAUUAAUGUAAAACUUUUUACACCGAUUAGUGAUGAAGAUUUAAAAGAAGAUAUUUUAUUAACAAAAUUAAAAUCAUUAUGGGAACAUAAUCCUGAAGAAUAUCAUCAUAUAACUAUUCUUUCGGAUGUUUUACCAAUUUUAUUAGCAAUAUUACAUGAUGGAAAAAUAACUGGUCAAAUUGAUGUUUGUAAUAAAGGUACAAUGUCAUUAAAAUGCUUUGAACAACUUAUAUCUAAACAAGUAAAAAAAGAUUUAACAAUACAUCCAAAUAAUAUUAAUGAAGAUUUAAUUGAUAAUUUUGAAAAAUGGAAUAAACAAAUGAUUUCACCUGAAACACGUCAUCUUUAUCAAGCAUCAUUUAUAGUACCAAAUGCAGAAGAAAGUCUUCAUCAAUAUCUACAACAAAAAUCAAUCCAACUUAGUCAAAAUAAAUCAAAAAUUAUUCUUGUAACAGGUGGUUGUGGAUUUAUUGGUAGUACAUUUAUUAAUCAUUGGCUUGAAACAUAUCCUGAAGAUCGAAUAAUUAAUAUUGAUCGACUUGAUCCUGUUUCAAAUUUAAAAAAUGUACAAAAUUCGACAUCAUCAAAUUAUUCAUUGAUUGUUGCUGAUAUUAAUAAUAAAGAUAUUGUUUUACAUUUAAUGAAACAAUAUAAUAUUACACAUAUUGUUCAUUUUGCUGUUCAAGCUCAUCUUGAUAAUACAUUUGGUAAUAGUGUAACAUUUACAGAAUCGAAUGUUUACGGUACACAUUCAGUACUUGAAGCAGCUCGAAUUUAUGGUAAAAUUCAAAAAUUUAUUCAUAUUAGUACAGAUGAAGUUUAUGGUGAAACAGCAGCUGGAAGUUAUCAAGAAACAAAUCUUCUCAAUCCACUUAAUCCAUAUGCAGCAACUAUAGCUGCUGCAGAAUUUCUUGUUAAAUCAUAUGGUGAAAGUUUUAAAUUACUUUAUUGUAUUGUACGUUUAAGUAAUGUUUAUGGACCACGUCAACACUUUGAAAAAAUUAUUCCUGCAUUUAUUAAUAAUUUAUUGAAAGGUGAAAAAUUAAAAAUUCAUGGUGAUGGAAGCCAAACACGACUUUAUAUUUAUGUUGAAGAUGUUAUUCGAGCUAUUGAAACAAUUUUACAUAAAGGAAAAACACGAACUAUUUAUAAUAUUGGAGGAGAAAAUGAAUUAAGUGUUAUUGAUAUUGCUAAAAAACUUUUAAAAAGACUUCAACCUGAUAAAAUACCUAAUGAUGUUAUUACAUAUGAUGAAGGAAGAGCAUUUACAGAAAAACGAUAUUCAACAACAUCAACAAGUGGUGCAAUAAGAAGUCUUGGAUGGAAAACAAAUGUAUCAUUUGAUGAAGGAUUAAAUAAAACUAUUCAAUGGUAUAAAGAACAUCAAGAUUAUUGGAUAAAAGACGAUGAUAAAAUAGUUUAA